AUGCCUGAACCACACAACGAUGGCCUGCACUCCCUGAAAACCAACUUCGAGGUAGCCGCCAUGGCCGCCAGUGGUGUUUAUGCUGCCAACGAACUGGGCAAAGCAGUCGCCGAGGACUAUAAGGACGCCAACGAGCACUAUGUCAAGGCUGCUGUCGGCGCAGCGGUCGCUGUCGGAGCGUUCCAUCUGCUCCAGAAGCAGAAACGGGAACGCGAGGAAGAUGAGUACAUCAGCAGCAGCGAUGAGGAACAACAUCAUCGCCAUUCACCUCGUCCACGUAGGCACUCACAUCAUGAACAUCACCACGAGCACCUGGAGGGUCCAGGCCACACCAGACGACUUUUGGAGGAAGCCGUGGGAGCGUACAGCUUGGGCAAAGAGCUCCUGGGCGACAGGCGGCACCAUGUAAUCCACCUGAUCACGGAGGCCUUGGGAGCAGUUGCCGCAGCGAGAGAAGUUAGCGAGAGGAACAAAGAAGUUCGAGAGAUUUGA